CCGUAGUCAUUUGAUUAUGAUUUUUUAAUAUCGUGCUCGUUCGGAAGUUUUCUCAAGAAACAUGGGAAGUUUUAUGGGAAACUUACACGAAACAUUACGUCAUUGUCAUAAGAGAACGCGUUUAAGUUUCGUGGCUUCAAAAUGACGCGAAGUACCACGUCAUUUUCUGAUGGUUGGCUAAACGAUUGCUGACGCAUACCAUAUUUUUUUUAAUAUUACGUUAUGAAAACGACUACAAUAACAGCGUGCUUUAUUUUCAUUGGAUGAUAAUUUCUUUCAACCAGCACGUGUUUACAUGUUACGUACCAUUUACCAAUAUAAUUCGUGUUUGGUUUGCAUUUACUUUCAUUUUUGCCACAAAGCGACCAUUAGAUUCAGUUUAAAUACUGAAAGUAUACUUGCUUCACAUUUCUGAACCGUUUAAUAGCUGUGACCAAAGUCAUAAUAGUUUGUAACUUGGUAUAAGUUUUCAUACUCCUAGUCGCAAAACGAAGUUUUUGAUUGGACAACGACUUGAGUCGCGCUUUCCGUUAUUUCGUUUGUUGUACUUCAAGACUCCGAAACCUCGAUUAAGAUACCAUUUAUCAUAUUUGCUUUAAACGUGGCAAGUCGUUUGCAAUUCUGCAUUUUAUUGCAAUUCAAAUUUAUUCAAUUUUUAUCAUCGUUCUUCUGAACUCUCUAGACUUCUGUGAUUAAAAUUCACUCAUUUUUGAAAUUAUUCCUUUGAAAGUUAGCAACACAGGAAACGAAUUCUGGAAUUAGUUUCUUCUCGUUUGAUGAGGUGAGAUAAUCAUAAUCACCUUUCCACAGAUCAACUUUUCGAGGAAUUUUCAACCCAAUUUGAUCUUUCCAAUUGCGAUUUUGUUCAUCUUAAACCUUCUGUUUCAAACGACAACCAAUUUUGGGAUCCUAUUCCAAAAUCAGAUAUCCGGGAUCUUUUUAACUCAGUUCGCAAUUUUAAUCCAUAAUUUAACCCAACUGAAAUGCCUGCCUUGCCUGAGAGCCAUGCACCUGGAUCAUCAGCCUCCGACGCCCAGCAGUACUUCGACGCUGUAGUGCCUCGAUGGCAAUCCAGCCCUCUGAAUCCAUUAUUCCUGCAGCGCAAAGACCUCUUAAUAGGCUCGAGGUCUUUCGACAAAUUCAUCGCUUCCCGCAGACUAUAUUGGGAAACACACGACGAAAAGUUCCAAAUUCAGUAUGACCCUCAAGAAAGAAGAAAGAAAAGAGCCAAAGAAACAAACACAGAAAAAACGGCAAUGUUCUUCCUUCAGACUUGUCACGCAAUGAUGUGUGAGCUCCUCGAGAACUCACCGGCUCUUUGGCGCCGCAGAUUUCAGAGAGUCCUGGAUCUAUGUUGUGCUCCCGGGGGAUUCUGCAAUGCGCUCCUGACAAGGUUUCCAGACGUCAAAAUUGAUGCACAUACCUUGCACCCAGACGACGGAGGCGCUCCCAUGAUCACAAAGCACAGUCGUCUUAACUGUCAGUACAACGAUGUCAUCGAAUUAUCAGUCAAUCAGAGCUUCAAGACGUUAAUCAGAUACGACAUGGUCAUCCUCGGAGGUGCUUGGGCGGCAUACGUGGACGAAAACGGAGUGGAACAACAGGAGACAGAAUCACGAGUGUUCUACCCGAACCUGAAACUGAAGUUUGCCGAACUACAUAUCAUGCUGCAGUGCCUGCGACCGAAUGGAGUGGCAAUUGUGAAGCUGCCUUUGAAGUUCGAGAACCUCACCGGAACCAUGGUGUGGAUAAUUCUGGAGAAGAUAUUCAAACAUGUGGAACCUUUCAGACCAUCUUGCAAUUCCUGCUCAUCACUUUGGUCACACUCGUUCGUGUAUAUGAUCUGUCAUGACUUGAGAUCAAAAGAAAUUCGCGAGGAGUAUAUAAGGAAACUGAAAAGAUAUCUGGACUUGUGCAGGGAGACGAGAGCCGACUUCGUGAACGAUUUCCUGGAAGAGCAGGAAGUCCUGGAGCAAGUGGUUGGCAAAGAGGAAAAAAUCUGGGAACAGAUGGCACAGACGUACAAAGACAAGUUGUACCGACUUAAGCAGCGAUAGUGGGAACUGAAUUGAACUCGGAUGACUUAUGAUAUAGUGCUAAACCCAAAAGCCAAUCAGAUGAUUAGAAUGAAACGAUAGUCACAAUAACUCUAUUUAUUGAUUAAGUAACGUAAACUGUUUUUAGCGUAAACAUAGCUUUUGACGUGUUUUAAGAGCGAUUUGUGUCUUAACUAUAUAGAUAUUUAGAAAGUUAGUUCGUUUUAAAUAAUAACUACCCUUUCCUUUCUUUGUGAUGUUUAAUUUACUGUUGUUCGUAAGCAAUUCAUAUCAAAAGGCGCUCUAACUUGACAUGUGUCAAUCAUGGUAUGCAUAUUGUUAUUUGUUACCAAAUACAAUUUUUUACCUA